AUGGGGGUAGACGAGUUGGUAAAACAAUCAUCAUCAGAAGCAGGACCAACAAGUGAAGACCUAGAGAUUGAAGUCCAUAGAUGCCCUGACAUUGAAGAAGGCCACACCUUCACAAUCCAGAGCGAAAGAAACUGGAUGACCCCAAUCUUAUCCUUCCUUCAAGACGAACAGCUCCUACAGGAUGUUGAAGAAGUAAGGAAGGUCAAGAAGAGGGCAGCAAGGUUCACGAUCUUGAAUGAUACCUUGUACAAGAGAGGCUUUUCCAUGACCUACUUAAGGUGUGUCAGCGAGGAGGAAGCCAAAUAUGUUUUAGAGGAGAUCCACGAAGGAAUUUGUGGAGAUCAUGCAGGCCCGAGAUCCCUGAUUAGCAAAGUUAUCCGAACGGGUUACUUUUAG